GUCAGUAUAGAUUGGCUAUAUUGUUAAAUUAUUCCUGCUGAAGGCUGAAAAACAUUAUCUUAUCAAAGACAACUUUUUAAGACCCUCAGUUAUUUCAAAUUUCCUGAAAAUAUUUGCUAUGUGUUUCUUUAUUCAAUAAAUCAUGUUUCUUUGAAUUUUCCAAUCUGGGAACUAUGCUAGUGCUUGCUCAGAAUGUUUUCAUGAGCAUAUGGAUAAAAAUUAAAUUCGAUAUAAAACAUGUUUUCCGCUUUUAAAAGACUUGCUAACAAGGGUGAUGGAACUCCUAACGGUGCUUCCACCCCUGGAAAAAUUACCAGUCACCAAACAAUGUCUUCAUCACUUCAACGGAAAUUCGCUAAGGGUGUUCAAUAUAACAUGAAAAUUGUUAUAAAAGGUGAUCGGAACGUAGGCAAAACAUGUCUGUUUCAUCGACUUCAAGGAUUAAAAUUUAUAGAAGAAUAUGUGCCGACAGAAGAAAUUCAAGUUGCAUCUAUCCAAUGGAACUACAAGGCUACAGACGAUAUAGUUAAAGUUGAAGUCUGGGACGUGGUUGAUAGGGGUAAGAAGAAGAAACAUUUCGAUGGACUCAAGCUAGAAAAUUCCCAACUGGAGAUGCCAGAGGAAGCCGCAUUAGAUGCAGAGUUUUUGGAUGUUUACAAGGGUACAAAUGGUGUUAUUAUAAUGCUAGAUUUAACCAAAUCGUGGACUUUUGAUUAUGUCCAAAGAGAGCUGCCCAAAAUUCCUAGUCACAUUCCAGUUAUAAUUUUAUCUAAUCACUGCGAUAUGUCACAUCACCGGACUGUUACUGCAGAUCAUGUGAACUUUUAUAUUGAUUCAAUAGCAGAAAGUAGGUCUGCGCAAAUUAGGCAUACCGAGUCAUCUAUGCGAAAUGGUUUUGGACUUAAAGUUUUACACAAGUUUUUCAAUUUGCCAUUCUUGCAAUUGCAAAAACAGUCUCUGCUACGACAACUUGAAAGAAACGAACUCGAGACUGCGGCAACUAUACAAGAAUUGGAUAUAUUUUGCGACUCCGAUGAAGCAAAUUAUAGCAAAUUCUUAGAGAAUUUGGUCAAAAAACGGCGGGAAGUUGCCGAUUCCAAUGCUAACAUCCCACCCCCAUUGGCGCGCCCCCCCGUUCCGGGAAACUCUACGACUACCGAUAUGAAACGUUCACAGAGUUGUUCCAUCGUAAUUGGUGCAGGCAGACCCAUACCAUAUGGUAACUCGUCGAACUUUAACGAUCCGAAACCGUCUGUGUCAGCCAUCAAUAAUACCGAGGUAGCUAAAAACCGGUUACCAGAUAAAAAGAAGUUGGAAAUUAGUCCCGUAACUUCCCUCGAGGAGUUUUGCCCAGAUGGUGGCCAGUUAUCUGGGUUUCUGGAUGAUGUUCAAGUCAAUCUGCAGAGCAAUUUGAAAUUGGUACCUGAUGAACUAUCUGAUUCCGAUACGGAUACCGGUAAUCCGCUAGUAUCGGAACUUCAAGAGGACAUUGAACCCGAGGAAUUGUCAAUCUCAAAACCGCCAAUAAAAGUCGUUCGAAAGAUGGACGGUGUGUGCUCGGCCCCUGUUAGGAUAGGAAAAUCUGACGGCAGCAGCGAAAUUGAGCUGGAAAAGACUUUGCCGGAUGAUUAUGACAUGAAACAAACUGUGGACGAGUUUGAUUCUACUAUUAAUUCUGAGAUAUCGGAGUUGACGUCGGAUGUCUAUGACGCUUGGAUAGGUACCGAUACUAAGUUGAGACGAUCGCCCGAAGGAGGCGAAGAUAAUUCACUUGUAAGCCAGACCUUGGAUUAUAGUAACAGUGCUGCAUAUGACGAUACGACCAGCGUGACAUCUUCUAACGUUCACAUGGAACUUUUGACUUCUAAGAAAACGCCCAGUUCGGGCAACAUAAGUUUCCAGAGCGAAUGUGAAGACACGCACCCCUCCACUUCGUUGAAAAAGGACAAAGUGAAGGAAAAGUCUGAGAAGAAAGAAAAACAUAAAAAAUCGAAACACAAAGACAAAGAGAAAAACCACACCUCGAACAAACUCGACAAAGGCGAGAAGAAGCUGAAGCGCAAAUCUCGUAGCGGCACAGCGUCUCGCAGAGACGAGCUCGAAGAGUUUUUGAACGGCAGUCCCCAUUCACCUAUCAACGAUGACGCUUACGAGAGCAUAUAGCAUUUAUGCAAUUCAAUACCAAAGAAUUUAAGACACGUGUUGAUCUGCCAGAGAAUGCUAUUUGAGCCGUUGGUGGACGUGUUUGUGGCUACUUAGAGGGCCGCAAAUGGGCAGAGUCGUGAUAUAUUGUAAGAGGCCAAAUUUAUUAAAAUGACAAAAGCGAAAGUGAUAUACGGAGUUAUGCGCAAUGUCGUUAUGUUUUUUCUUGUAUACAGCCAUUCCUGAAAAAGACAAUAUAUUUAAAAUACAAUACCUGUAAGAUUGUUUCAUUUACACAUUUCAAUUUCGAAAAAAUUAUUGCCUCAUAGUAUUUCUAUCGCUGCAGUUGCUUUUUAUAUCCAUACAAGAUUUUAUAUUAGCUUUAAUGUUGUUAAAAUGGAAACUGCGUUUAUAUAUUGUUAGUGCGUAAUAUUUUCGUGAAGUCUGCAUGCAUUCUCGAAUUAAUAUGGUGCAUUUUGCAAAUUAACUAAUCCUAAAAAAAAUCCGAGUUACUGUUUUAUAUUGUUGUAUUACUGUAUAAUAAAGAGAUAUAUCUA